GUGUUCUCCAUCGCGGUCUUCGGCCCCAUCGUCAACGAGGGCUACGUGAACAACGACAGCGGCCCCGAGCUGCGCUGCGUCUUCAACGGGAACGCAGGCGCCUGCCGCUUCGGCGUCGCUCUCGGCCUAGGCGCCUUCCUCGCCUGCGCCGCCUUCCUGUUGCUCGACGUGCGCUUCCAGCAGAUCAGCAGCGUCCGCGACCGCCGCCGAGCGGUGCUGCUAGACCUCGGCUUCUCAG